GCGAAGGAGGAGACGGUUGUAGGGCUAGUGUUGGUGCCAGAGCCUGGCGGCCUGAGGGGCGCGGAGAUUCGUGGGGGAGGGAGACGGCAACAGCAUGGCGGCCGGGCACGAGCCGCCCAACUCUCCUCUUCCCGGCUGUCGCCGCCGCCGCCGCCGGAGUCGCUGGAACUCUUUAGUCCGCGUGUGUUAGUUGUAAGCCCGCUGCCUACUCAUCAGUCCUCUGGUCCACCCGCCCUCCUUCCUUUCACCGCCACUGCCAGCCCCAGGGUCGGUCGGCCGGUAACUCCCACUCCCACCCCACCCACCCACAAGCCGGCGGGCCUGGGCCAUGGAGGACGUGAAGCUGGAGUUCCCCUCGCUCCCGCAGUGCAAAGAAGACGCCGAGGAAUGGACCUAUCCUAUGAGACGAGAGAUGCAGGAAAUUUUGCCUGGAUUGUUUUUAGGCCCAUAUUCUUCUGCUAUGAAAAGCAAGCUACCUAUACUACAGAAACAUGGAAUAACUCAUAUCAUAUGUAUAAGACAAAAUAUUGAAGCAAACUUUAUUAAACCCAACUUUCAACAAUUAUUUAGAUAUUUAGUCUUGGAUAUUGCUGAUAAUCCAGUUGAAAAUAUAAUACGUUUUUUCCCCAUGACUAAAGAAUUUAUUGAUGGGAGCUUACAAAGUGGAGGAAAAGUUCUUGUCCAUGGGAAUGCAGGGAUCUCCAGGAGUGCUGCCUUUGUUAUUGCAUACAUUAUGGAAACAUUUGGAAUGAAGUACAGGGAUGCAUUUGCUUAUGUUCAAGAAAGAAGAUUUUGUAUUAAUCCUAAUGCUGGAUUUGUUCAUCAACUUCAGGAAUAUGAAGCCAUCUACCUAGCAAAAUUAACAAUACAGAUGAUGUCACCCCUUCAGAUAGAAAGGUCAUUAUCUGUUCAUUCUGGCACCACAGGUAGUUCGAAGAGAACACAUGAAGAAGAAGAUGAUUUUGGAAACAUGCAAGUGGCGACUGCGCAGAAUGGCUGACUCAAGAGCAACAUUUCGAGGAUGUGGAUUUCUAUUUGGGAAGGAGAAAAUACUAGAGACAGUAAUAAUAUUAAGUGGUAAAAACACAAGUAGUUUCUUUUCAGUUAUAUGUUGCUUCCAGAAUUGUUUCUCUGCAACUUGUUGAGCAACAUUUUAAGAUAUUGGACUUCUGCAAUAGAUGGUACUGAUGGUUUUACCCUUUUUUUUUUUUUUUUAAUUCUUUACAGUUUUAUUAUAAACCAAGAAUUUUGGACUUGCAAAGAGGUAUUAUUGCAAUAAUGCACUUUCAUACUUGAAAUUUAUUUGUAUGAUAUAAAGUUAUUACUUUAAACAAAAUGCAAGUUAGGGGGGAUUUGUUUAUAAAAUCUGGGUAAUUUAUAACAAAAGAAUUUCCUAAAGUUUGCUAAAAAUUCAUUUUGUGUUCUACAUAUUACAUUUAAAAAAUAAUUUUAUGGUUCAAUUUUACGAUGGAGCCUCUUACAGAAACAUUAACAAAUGCAGGAAUCUGUCACAUUUCUUUUUUAGUAUAAUUCAAUAGCUUAAUUAUCCUUUUAUUUUUUUAAACUUUUUGAUCUCUUAAUAAUCUUUAAAUCAUGACAUUGCCAACUGUCCUUACUUUAACAUGACCCAAGUAUUGCUUCUUUUCCUGUUAUCUUCCUAAUUUUAAUCUAUAGAAAAAAAAUGUAAGGAGCAAAGGGAAAUGUUUUGUUUUAUAAUACCAGAUGCUCAAAAACAAGGAGAGUUUUAAACUUUCAAGUGAGUUUCCUUUAGCAUUCUUAAAAGCCAAAUGUUGUUUUUGUUCUUUUCAAAGUUGUGUAGCCUGUUUUUUCUUUGUCCAAAAUAGUUCUAAAUAGAAUAAACCAAUGUAGCACUAUUUUUUUCUAAACAAAGCCCAAAAAAGAAAAGUGCCUUGUCUAAUUAGAAAAAUAAAUAAAUCCUUAUGUGACUUCUAAAUUAGUAUGUAGAACAGUGAAAAGUUUUGAACAUUUUUCUUCUUCUUCCCUUUUUUUUAAAAUCAUAAAUUAGUUCAAACUGAAAGUCUUAAGGCUUGAAGAAAUGUUUAGUAAAUCAUUUGGAAUAUGAAACAUCUACUCUUUCAUUUUGUCUUAAUGAUUCUGUGAGGUUGUUCUGGCUCAGACAGAAGCUCUUUGAGUAUUUCUUGGGGAAAAGCGAUUAUGAAAGAUUUUAGUGUAUUUAGAAACUAAAAUAUGGUUUCUAACACUAAAUAAAUUAGUGUUGUAAACAAUUCUUUACAUUGAGUUAAUCCAAAUUUCCCCCAUAAUUUGCAUUAGCAAAGUCACUUUAUGGAUCCUAGGUUCUCCAUGUUUUUAUUUAUACUUAUAAAAAUUGUUCUAAGAAAAACAUUUUGCUAUUUUAAGUAUGAUGUUGGGAAGGAGAGGAGUGUUUUUAACUUUUAUAGUUGAUGAUUUAGGGUAGCACAAACAAAACUCCUUUGUAUCUCACUUUUCUCAGUCCUCUCUUGAGGUGCUUUACUGAUGGGAAUGAUUUCCAUACAUUCCCUUGGUACCAAGAGGUACUAUGCAAGGUAACCUACUACACCAAGUUACCUAACUUUGCUUUCCUUCCUAAGAUGUAAUGACACAGUAAAGGCUUUUUUAUCCAGCAUAGCAGGAGAGUGGAAGUGAAUCAAAAAACUGCUUUGUUAAUUAAGCGUUAAUGCCUGUUGACACAGGUGGUAUUCCUUUUCUGAUUUCCCUUCCCUUCUCCUAUUUCACCACCCUAAAAAUACUAGAUUGUCAAUCCCAUAGUGGUCUUGUAUUCUGUCGUGUGAUUAGGUCAUUGGGUGUGGUGGUCUAGUAUAGUCAAGAUUUGCAUUGAGUGUUCAGAAAUUCCAGUUGGUAAAGUGCCAGAUAACACAGCUUUCCUGUAUAUAGAUCACUAUUGGAUAGGUCAGCAAAGAUCUCUUUUGCAAACUAAUAAUUUAUGAUGCUUCAUCCAGCAAAAACUGCUUAAAAGAAUCUUUGUAAUAAGUACAUUUAGGUUUUAAAAAUGAGACAGUUAAGAUUUUCUAAGUUAAUUUCUUAAAUACACAUCUCUCCUCCAGUAGUCUGCCCAAGAAUAUAGGUUUGGUUAUUAAUUUAUGGUUGGUAAUUUUCCACUUUUUCUAACCACUGUAAUCUUUAUGUUGUCACUAAAGUGCCUGCCCAGCACUGUAUAUUAAAGACCAUCUCUCACAAACACUAGGAAAGGACUGCCAUCUUGAGUACAAACUAAAAUGGACAAAAAGUUUAUUCUUUCAUAUAAGAACACUGCAAUUUAUUCUACCUAAUGUUCAGCUUGUUCUUCUGGUAGUUCUUCCUAAUCUUCUAUUUGGUUCCAUUUCUGUAUUUCUUUUGUUUUCCACUGAUGUUUUGUGAUGGUUAACUACAGUACAUUUAACCAAUCAUGAUUUAUUUUCUAGAAUAUUUGAAUAAUGUGUAACAUAGCACUCAAUUUUAAACAUUAAUCUGGGCACAGAAUUUAAAAUAGUGCAACAAAGGAAAUUCCUUUAUUUUCCAUUUUGAAAGUAUGAAACUUAAAUAUGGAAAAUAUUCAAACUGGAAUGGCAGUUUUCUUAUUUUCUAAUUUUAAUUCAUUGGUUAAUGUUAAUUUCUUAUCACAUGUCUAAGUAGCAGUUACCUUUAUUUAUCUCUACUCUGUGGUGGAAAUGUUAAGCUGUGAUAGCUUUGCUACCAACUCUCAACCACUUUCAGCACAGAAUAUUCAUUUUGGGAGGAUUUUGUGCUUUAUCUGAGUUUAAAAGUAGUGUCAGAAAAUGUUAAGCAUGUCCUUUUAAAGAAAAUAUAAGGUUUCUAAUUGUGUUAUUAACCAUGAUAAUUCAAGUGAAUUAGAAGUAUUUAACUGCAAUCUUGAAUUAUAAAGUUGGGAUAUAUAUAUAGUUAUAUAUCAAAAUCUCAACUUGAUGUAAAGUAAAUGAGCAGUUACCUGGCGGAUUUUUUUUUUUUUCAAAUAACUGUUUAAUCCAUAAUUCCAUAACAAACCUAGCUUCACAUCAAUGUUUAUUUUGUUCAUUUAUCAGUGCUCCAACAAGGAAAUGAUAGGAAAUAGCUGAAAAUUGCUGAAAGUUUUUUUUUUCUUUUAAUUAAUUUAGAAAAAUAAGUUUCUAGGGUCUUUCAAUGCUGGAUUCUUUGUCUUAUCCAUCCAUGGCAGCUAAAAAAAAAAAAAAAAUCACUCAAAAUAUUCAGGUUUACAUGUUUGCUCUCUCUCAUAGGGAGCUGCCAUACCUCACAGUUCAAGAUGUAUUCUAUAGAUCAGUAACAUUGUACUGACAUGUAAUUGCAAUUUACUAUGCAGCAAAAAUGAUUCAAGAAGAAAACCUACAGUGUCUAUUUACCUUUGUAUAGGCAAUUGCUUAAGUCUGCUUUUAACAUUUGUACUUGGAUAAAAUGCUUAUGUAUGUAUAGGAAUGUCACAGUGCAAGAUGCUGCUAGCUCAGGCACAAAGUAUUAAAAUUAUUUUGUGAAGAUUGAUGGUUGUAUUAAAACUGUUGUGCCAUUAUACCUCAAAAA